GCUUUUGCUGCCCAUUUCUAACACUCCCUUCUUUCCACUGCUCCACCCUCUCUCUUCUCAAGCAACCCACUCUCCAGUUUCUGCUGUCCAAAAACAGUUUUCUAAAACACUUCUCUCUUCGUUCUACACUCUCAUCUUUCGUCACAAGCACUCACUCCCCCAGCUUUUGCUGUCAAAAUUUGUUUUCAAAAACCAGUUUUUUUUUUUAAAACACUUCGUUCUACACUCUCUCUCAUCUCAAACAAGCACUCUGCAGCUUCUGUUUUCAAAUUCCGUUCCCCAAAAAACAAGUACUCUGAUCUUUCAGUGCAAGCACUCUAAUAUCCAGCUUUUGUUGUCAAAUUCUAUUUAAAAAAAAAAAACAGUUUUUUGAAACACUUCCUCUUUAACUGCUUCUCUAAUUUUUCGUUGUGAAAGAAAGGAAAAAAAAAAAAAAAAACGAAAACGCUGGUUGGUUUCAAAAGCUCCAUUUUUUCGCUCGUAUUAGUAGUUCUCUGUUGCCAGAAAACAGUUUUUGGUAACGCUUAUCUUAACGAACCGAACUUUUCAAAUGGGUGUUUCUGGAAAAUGGCUGAUAUCACUGAUCACUCAAAAAAAACUUCAAAUUUCAGACCAGGAUAAGGUGAAUGACAGUAACACCAAGAAGAAGUGGAGGCUAUGGAGGAGUCCGUCAGAAGGGUUAGGAGCUUCAUCAAAGAGAGGCCGCGUGUCGAACUCAGAUGCGUCUGUUUCUGAUGAUGCGUUCAAUGCAGCUGUGGCUACAGUGGUUAGAGCUCCACCCAAGGAUUUCAAGAUGGUCAGGCAAGAAUGGGCUGCAAUUCGCAUACAAACAGCAUUUAGAGGCUUGUUGGCAAGACGAGCUUUGAGGGCCCUGAAGGCAGUGGUGAGGCUUCAAGCUAUUUUUCGUGGGAGACAGGUGCGAAAACAAGCUGCUGUGACACUGAGGUGCAUGCAAGCUCUUGUUCGAGUUCAGGCUCAUGUAUGGGCAAAGACUGUGAAAGUAUCUUCCAACGAGGAAGCUGUGGAUCAGGUUGAUCCUACUAAGUUGGCUGAGCAAGGAUGGUGUGAUAUUCCUGGAACUGCAGACGAAGUUAGAGCAAAACUAAAACUGAGGCAAGAGGGAGCAAUCAAGAGGGAGAGAGCAAAUGCUUACUCCCUUUCUCAACAGCGAACAAGAUCGUGUCCUAGUCCUAAUUCAAGAGCAAACAAGCCAGCACUGUCACUCAAGCAUCACAGGCUAGAUAAGAACAGUCAGCAAUGGAGCUGGCUAGACAGUUGGAUGGCAGCCAAGCCGUGGGAAAACAGGCUGUUUGAAGAGGUUCAUAUGGACCCAUCUGAAAUGAUGACUCCAUUUUCAAGGUUCUAUUCCAGUUCUUCUGAACAUUACCCUGUAAAAGGAAGAAGGAUUAAUGCAACUGCUAAAACCCACACUGAACAUCAAAUUACUCACUCAUCCUUCUCCCCAAGUUCUGAAUCUCUGUAUGACAAGACCUCUCCAUCAAGUUCAUCUUCAUCUGUUUCUCUAACUCCAGUGUCAGGCAAUAUUCUUAUGGUGGAAGGAUCAGACGAUAGUUAUUACCAAAAUCCAAGCUAUUUAAGUCACACAGAGUCAACCAAAGCUAAGAAUAAGGCUACAAGGUUUUCUUCUUACAAGAAUCCAUUGGCAUUUACUAAUGGAGACACCAGAAGCUGUGCUGACUCUAAUCCUUCAUCCAACUUGUGUAAUGAUUUGUACCCACCAAUCCCAUUGGAUCAACAUGAUUGGUUCAGGAAUCAACGACGCCAAGGGAGAUAAAAUUUGCUCAGUACAACAGCUUGUUGCCCAGUUCAAAUUGUGAUAACAGUCUAGUUACAUAGAGACUUGCAUCAAAGGAUUGAUGCUGAGUCGUUGAAACUAGUACCCAAAACUUGGUUUAGAUACAUAUACAUGUAUUAUAUUAGUAUUUGGAAUGCUUGUAUUCAUAUAUUUAAAAUAUGUUGCUUCCAUGACUAUGGACUAUGUUUUCUUUUGUCUACGGCUUAAUCUGAAAAAGGCUUCAGAUAAGCUGUAGAAAAAUGGUAUUUAAGUCUACCUUCUGGGUUUACUUAGUUAAAAGAGAUGAAUUUCUGACUAAUCCGUGUUGGAUUGUUUGUUUAAUGAAA